AAGCUCUUUUUAAACGAAUGGUAUACUGCUGUUCAUUUCAAACUCACAACUGAACAAUGAUUCGUUCGUUUGCAGCUUGUACGUUUUAGCAAACCCCUUACGAAUAAUUAUGAAUGAUAUUUCUAAAUGCUGUCAAUUGAGAAUGAUGAAUACGUCUAAUGAAAAGUGAGAGAUAACAGGGUCCAAGGUUCAAUUCUUCUAAACCGUUUACAGUAGUCUAAAGACAGCCUGAGGCAGACGCCGCGUCAGUAAAAUGAUCAUUGCUUCUUGAGAUUCGGCCGAGAUGUACACCAAUGGGAUGGAUUUUUAUUUGGGAGGCGCACGCAACCCACGGGCAGUAUCUGCGCCCGCCCAGUACCAUGGCGCAGUCAGUGUGAGCCACGGGGCAAUCGUUGGCAAUAGUGCCAUGAUGGAUGUAAGCAACUCCAGCACUGGCAGUGCGAUCGACAUGAAGAUGGAGCCGUCCAGCCCCACGGAACGCGAGCUGCGCUACCCUUUCUCCCGGAGUAGCAGUGCGGGCUCCAUACACACGUUAUCGUCCUCCAACCACAAUUCUGAUGAGGAAGACGACAGUGAUGGUGGAGGCACGGGCAGCAGCAGGGGGAGCAGCAUGGGGAAUGCACUGAGCUACAAGGAGCGCCGCCGGGAAGCCCACACCCAGGCAGAGCAGAAGAGGCGGGACGCCAUCAAGAAGGGUUACGAUGCGCUGCAGUCGCUGGUUCCGACGUGCCAGCAGCCCGAGACAUCCGGCUACAAGUUGAGCAAGGCCACCGUCCUCCAGAAGUCCAUAGACUACAUAGAGUUCCUGCUGCAGCAGAAGAAGAAGCAAGAGGAGGAGCGGAACAGCCUGCGGAAGGAGGUGACGGCUCUGCGUAUCAUGCAGGCCAACUACGAGCAGAUCGUGAAGGCGCAGCAGAGCCAGCCGGGGCAGGCUGUGCAGCGCGUCUCGGACGAGACCAAGUUCCGCGUGUUUCAGGCUGUAAUGGAUCAACUCUUCCAGUCAUUCAGCAACAUCUCUGUGUCAAAUUUCACUGAACUGUCAGCUUGUGUCUUCAGCUGGUUGGAGGAACAUUGUAAGCCACAGACGCUGCACGAUGUGGUGCUGGGUGUCUUGCAGCAGCUCAACUCGCAGUUGGCUCUCCAGGGUGGCGGCGCCAGAGUCUGAGGUCUCCGAUACCGCUGCCAGUCGAACCGUGGCACGUGCCUGUCCGGUCCUGUGGCGGCCUGGGAGGAGAGGAGCUCCGUGCCUGUAACACUUCCUCGCUGCGGUGUCUGUAGGGUGUCAGCUUCCCUCCAGCUCGUCUGGCGGUCCCACGUGGAGUAGCGGUCGUGGUGUGGAGUGCUCUCGUCAUGUGGCUAGAAUCUCUUGUGACAUCAGUCUCUGCCACUGGGGAAUAAAGUACUGGAAGGGGAGAGGGAGGGUAGCAGUGUCGUAGCAACUAGCAUCGCCAGAGAACUGGCACAGUCUACUGAUACGGUGGUGUCUCGUUUACAGUGCAGCACUGCUCCAGAGGAAGUAAUUUUUAUGCGGUUACUUUGCUCAUUCUGCGAUCAUUAGUAUCAAGUCUUGAGGCAUACACAGGUCCUCAAUUUUUGUACUCUGUUUCUUGCAAUAUGUCAGGUGAGAUAUAGUACUUGUACAUUCUGCUGCAAUUACCAAUGUUAACAAAAAGUAAACAGGUGGACACUAAAAUUACUCCCAGUCUUGUGCCGACCUACAGACUCACUCCUUCUCAUGUCCCUCUCCCACACCUGUUCCUCUCCCCUCCUUCCCUCUCCCAUCCCUCCCCUCCAAGGACAUUGCCAUUUUCUUCUCCCAGCUUUGUCCUGUGAGCUUAUACUACAUCUGUAAUGACCUCAUAGUAAAUGAGAUUUCCUGGCAGAUUAAAACCGUGUGCCGGACCGAGACUCAAACUCAGGACCUUUGCCAUUCGAUCGCAAGUGCUCUAUCGACUGAGCUGCCCAAGCACGACUCACGACCCAUCCUCACUGCUUUAGUUCUGCUAAUAUCUCAUCUCCUACUUUCCAAACUUCACAGAAGCUCCCCUGCUUGCAGGAGCUCAGUUGGUAGAGCACUUACCUGCGAAAGGCAAAGGUCCCGAGUUCGUCUCAGUCUGGGCCGCAGCUUUAAUAUGCCAGGAAAUUUCAUAUCUGUACUGAAUGAGUUAGUGAAGUUGUAAGAAACCAUAUUCACAUUUGGAAUGAGAGUGGUUCAGAUCCCUAUCUGGCCAUCUGUAUUUAAAGUGUUUCCCAUGAUUUUUUUCAAUUGCUUAAUUCAGUUGCUGAGAUGUGUCCUUCCCUAUCAUUCGGCACCUCGAGCUUGCGUUCUGUCCAGUAUGUCAAAUCAUAAACUUCCUUCUAUUGAAAUAUUUGGACACGGAAGAAGCCAUAUGCAGAAUCCAGGAUACAAAAGGUAGCACUGACAGACAAUUCUUUUUUGACAAAUAUGUAUAGAUACUACGUGUCUUACAAAUUGUCACUAAAGAAAGCGGUUAACACAUUUAUUCAAAUGCAUUGACCAAAUUCACAAACAUGACUGCAACUUAAACUUGGCUCCAGAGAGUGGAAGUUUUGUGGGCUCUUCUAGUUACUAAAACCUCAUUUGCCCACUCUUAGCCAAAUGUUAACACCAGAUAAACAAACAAGCUGAAUGUCUUAUAAUCUAUAUCCUUUCAUGAAAUUGUUUUAGUGGUCAUAGAGUCUCAUAGCCCUUACACAUUACUGGCAGUCUGUGAUAACAAAUCACACCAGGAUAAUUCAGUGGUUGGCACUGAAAACUGUGAACUGUUGACUUUUUUUUCCUCCGUGUCAGGAAGCAGUGCUAUAAGUAUCACACAGUCAUAUGUUUAUGAAGCAAAUGACGAGUCGAGUGAAAGUUGAGAGAGUAUUACUUGUAAGCAAUCUGACUGUAAUGUUGUGUACCCAAAUUUUGAACUGUUGUUGAUCUGUUUUCCUGAGAUUACAUAAUGAUCAAAGCCAUUUGAUCUCUGCAGUUAUUUUUGCCUCCCUGUCCUCUUUUCCCGUCUCAUGUGAUACCACGACACUCAUCUGGACUUUGUACCUAUGAGGAUGCACCAGCAUUUAAAGAUUGGGAACCUGUGUCUCUGGUCAGUGGCAGUGUAAACCGGCCAGCAGGGAGUUUAGAACAGUUUCUUGAUGUUAAGGUGUUUCAGGGUAAUGUGUCCAUUUUUGCAUUUAAUGGUAACAUUGGACUCUGCAUAUAUGUUCAGUUGUGGUUGUAGCUCAUUGCAGAUUGUGAGCUGUUCUGUGUGUUCAUUAAGUUUGUUUACCAGUACUAAAUACUGUGAUUGGCUGGCACACUAAAAGUGUUUGUAUUAACCAGUGAGUCCACAUACAAGAUCUUAUAUUUUAAUACCGAUUGUAGUUACAAAGUUGUUGGCUGUGUCCUUGUUGAAAAUAUGAAGUUCCUUUUAACUUGGGAUUAAGCAAGCCAUUUUCAAAGGAAGUAGUGCAAAGUGUAAAUUAAAAAACAAAAUAAUUAAUGCAAGAUCUUUAUUUUUGUGUGUGUGACAUUGUUAUAUUGUAUGAUUGAUGCAAUGAAGGGUUUUGUUAUUGUAUACCAAUCUAAAUUUUGAAAGAAGCUGUUUUUUUAUUGCAGUGGUUAUAUUUUUCUCAAAUAUUUUUUUCAGUGGAUAAAUAUAUUAUUAGUUUAAAAAAACAAAGUUUUGUUAAAUAAAACAUGUUUAGCUGAUUUUAGUGAUUUGAGGUUGUUAGUUAUGUUCCUUAGAUUUGCUUCAUUGUUAUUUGCUCUAAAAUUAGAAGCAGAGUUGUGUGUGUGUGUGUGUGUGUGUGUGUGUGUGUGUGUGUGUGUGUGUGUGUGUGUGUGUGUGUGAGAGAGAGAGAGAGAGAGAGAGAGAGAGAUGCCAUGCUUGUAUUGAUGAUGAGAAUGUUUUUCAGUAUUUUCCCAGAAUGUUAAAAAUGACUUAGUGCACAUUCAAGUAAAUUAAAUAGUUGAUUAGCUUUGGAGGUAAAAGAAGUGAUGAUGCAGUACAUUUGAAAGCAGUUCUAUGUUUACAUUUAUUCAGAGACUGCUUUUUAUUUUAAACAAAAGUUCAUUUAUGUGGUAGAAUAUUCUGUUGCAAAUGCAGAGGGACAGGUUUGCAUUCUGUUAUAUUUCAGUGGAGUGGUUUUGUAAACUGUUUUAAAUAUAGAAAUGAGAGAUGCCAAUUGUAAUAUAUCUCCUAAUAAAAACUGCGCGUUGUCUUAUGAA